UUCAUCCAUGCGCUUUCUUUUCCCAGAGGAUGACCCCUGCGGAGCAGAACUACAAUAUCGGUGACAGGGAACUUUUAGCAGUCAAAUUGGCUCUUGAGGAAUGGCGGCACUGGCUUGAAGGCACACCUGAACCUUUUACGGUGUUUACUGACCACAAAAAUCUGGAAUACCUGAAGACGGCCAAAAGACUGAAUGCUAGGCAGGCUCGGUGGGCAAUGUUUUUCACACGCUUCAACUUUGUCUUAUCUUACAGACCAGGGUCCAAGAACGGAAAAGCUGACGCUUUGUCCCGCUAUCAGGUUCUGCCUGAAUGUGAAAUGGAACCAGACUAUAUUCUUCCUGCCUCAGCCCGACUCGCCAUCAUGAACACGGACAUCGAAGAGGAGCUGGGUCGAGCCCUUCAAGGUCGUUUAUGGCUAUCAGCCCCCGUUGUUCUUCUCCCAGGAGCAGGAUGCUUCAGUUCCUUCUGCCGCUGCCUCUUUUCGUCGGUGCCGUUGCAUGUGGAGAAAGGCAAGGCGGGAACUUCUCCGCACUGUUUCCGCUUACAAGUCAUACGCCGACAAGAGACGUUCUCCUGCCCCCCAAUAUGCCGUGGGCCAGCGGGUGUGGCUGUCUACUGCAGACCUCCCUUUACGAGUGGAGAGCCGCAAGCUGGCUCCUCGGUUUGUGGGGCCCUUCCCCAUUACCAAGGUGGUCAAUCCGGUGGCGGUGAGACUAAGACUCCCCAGGACUCUUCGUAUCCAUCCGACCUUCCAUGUUUCCCGGGUGAAGCCUUACGUUCAAAGUGACCUGGUCCCUCCUUCCCGGCCCCCUCCUCUGUCCCGGUUCAUUGCUGGUGGUCCUGCCUACACCGUCCGGCGCCUGUUGCGGUCCCGGCGUCGUGGGAGGGGUCUGCAAUACCUGGUUGACUGGGAGGGUUAUGGGCCUGAGGAGCAGUCCUGGGUUCCUGCCCGAUUUGUUUUGGAUCCUGGCCUGAUCUCUGCCUUCCACCGUGACAAUCCGGGUCAGCCUGGUGGAUCAUCGGGUGCCGAUCCUUGAGGGGCCAGGGGUGGUGUCAGGGCUCCGCCACUCCUGACUCAGCUCUGACUGUCACUAAUCACCUGAUUGCCUUCACCUGCGCUCUCCCCUUUAUAUGGCUCUGCUCUCCACCUGCCCUCUGCCAGAACGUUGUCAGUCCUCUGCUAUGCCUACUCUGCUCAGCUCUGUUCUGCUCAACCUUCAAGUUUGCCUGCCUGCCCAGCUCUGCUCUGCUCAGCUCAGCUCUGCUCAACCUUCAAGUUUGCCUGCCUGCCUGCCUGCCCUGCUCUGCUCAGCUCCGUUCAGCUCAACCUUCAAAUUGGCCUGUCAGCCCAGCUCUGCCUCCAAAUCAGCCAGGCCUGCCCUGCCCCGUCCAAACUGUCUGCUUUGCCUGGAUCCUGCUGCCCUGCGCUAUCUGCCCAGCCUGAGAUAUCCGCUCCGUGCUGCCUUCCCCCAAGUGAAGACUCAAG